AUGAAUCAUUACAAAAAAAUACUUUAGUGCAUGACAAUCAUAGGAUUUUAUUUUCAGGAUCCUUAAAAUCUAAAGUAAUAGAUUGAUUUCCGAUUAAGAGGUAUACAAACUCUAACAAAUAGAGUUGGAGAUUGAACACACUUAAAGUAAAUAAUAACCAGAAUUAGACAGCUAUUAUUAGAAAUUAAAAUAGAUUUGGCCUAAUCAAAAACCUUAAUCAAACUAAAAUUAAGGAAUAAAGAUCUUAGAUCUAGACUUUGAUUAUAUAAAUACCUUUCAAGAUUUCAAAAACUAAUUUGAACUUUUAUUUUUCUAUCUAGAGAAUUAUAAAUAAGUAAAAACAUUACGAGAAGUCACUAUCAAUAAUUAUAUAGAAGUUGUUAAUGAAAAUAAAUAAACAAUUGAAGAAUUAGAAACAUUAACUUAAUCAUAAACAUUAUUGAAAGAAGAGAAUGAAAAAUUGAAAUCAUAAAUUUUAUAACUUUAAAAUGAUAUUAAAGAUCUUAAAAAUAUCCUUAAUAAAAAUUAACUUUUUUAUUAAGAAAGCUAAGAAUUGAAAUAAAGUAAAAUAGAAAUAGUGAAAUUAUAGCAAGAUAAUUUUACUUUAUAGAAUCAAUUUCAUAAAUUAUGUGAUGUAAAUAUUGAGUUUUAAAUAAGCAAAUGGAACUAGAUAAAUAGAAUGUACUGUAAAAUUAAGUAAUGUUAUUGGAAUAAUAGAUGAAGUCAUAGGCAGAAUAAUUAGCUUCUGCAAAUAAAGAGAUAAAAAAUUAUACAAAUGAAAUUUAAAAAUUGUCAGAUAUCAAUAACAAAUUUCUUAACUCUAAUUUUGAAUUCUUAGGAAUUAGAAGUAUUCCCAUAUUCAAAGGAGUAAAAGCAUAUUUCUAUCCUGUGAUAUAUUUAAUGGAAUUAAUUACUCCCUUAAAAGAUAUUUUAGUCGUUAAAGAAAAAGUAAGUUUGAUCAUUUAUUAAUUUAUAAAUUAUAUAAGAAAAGAAAAAAUAGAUCAAAUUUAAGCAUAAACUGCUAUCCAAUUAUAAGAAUUAAUCUAAGUUUAAGAUUAAAAUGAUAAUUAAGCAAAUGACUUUUUAUUUUCAAUAAUAGACCAUCUAAGUAAAGUAAUAGUUAAGAAUGAAUAAUAAAAAUCUUAGAUAGCAACAAUUAUUUAGGCAGAAGACUCUCCAAUUUUUAAUUUAUUCUUUUUCUUAUAAAGAGCAUUUCCAAUAAAUAUUGAAAGUAUUGUAUUGUAUAAAUUAGUUUAAUAAAAUGAAGUACCUCUAAUUAAUAGUAUAAAGUAUGUCAGAUAUUUUGACACAAUAAUAACACCAUAAGUUGAAUUUUCAAAAUAUUUAAUGGAUUUGAUUACUUUAGAAGGUUAAGAGAAUAAACUAGAAAAUAAUGAUGCAACUUUCAACUUUAUAAUUUUCCCAUAAUAUCUGGUAUUCAAUACUUCUGAAUUGUCUUAAUAAUAAGCUGAUAUUAAGAUAUCUUAGAAUAUCGCAGGCAGUUUUUUGAAUCCUACUUAGAAUGAUAUCUAGUAUUAAUUAAUAAGUAUAAUUCAAUUGAUUAGAGAAGACAAUUAAAUAAAUUAUAUAAUCACUUUAUGUAAAAAUAAUAUUUGGGUAUAAAUUAAAUAGGGACAUGCCUAUUUGGUUGAUAUUAAUUCAAUAUUAACAUUUUAAUAACCUCAUAAUAACAAAGAAUUAUUGAUUUAUGAGAAAUUAAAGAUAUGA